AUGCCGGCGGACUCCGACGACGUCGCCAGCCCGGCGUCGCCGCUGGGGCUGGGCAGCGUGCACAAGAGGGGCGGGGGCGGGGGCGGGAAAAGCGGCGGGCGGCGGCGUCCGGGCCCGGCGUACCGCGGCGUGCGGAUGCGGGCGUGGGGGAAGUGGGUGUCGGAGAUCCGCGAGCCGCGCAAGAAGUCGCGCAUCUGGCUCGGCACCUUCCCGACGGCCGAGAUGGCGGCGCGCGCCCACGACGCCGCCGCGCUGGUCGUCAAGGGCCGCGGCGCGGUGCUCAACUUCCCCGAGAUGGCGGCGCGCCUGCCGCGCCCGGCCUCCGCCGCGCCGCGGGACGUGCAGGCCGCGGCCGCGCGCGCCGCAGCCAUGGACGUGCACGUGCCCGUGGGCGCGGCCGCUGCUGCAGCGACGCCGCCGCCGCCUCCGGAGCCGGAGCCGGAGCCGCUGGGGUCGUCGUCCUCGCCGCAGCAGCAGGUGCCGCCGGCCGGGCAGGCGUCAGUAUGCAGCCCCGACGAGGAGGAGGAGGAGGAGGGGCUGCUGGACGAGAUCGUGGAGCUGCCGCCGAUCGACGAGGACGUCCUGGCGGCGUCGGACGACGGCGUGUUCUGCUGGGCCGCGUCGUUCCACCACUGUGCCGCCGACGAGACGUGGCCGUACGAGCCGAACGCGUGGAUGCAGGCGGGCGGUGGAGGCAUUGCGGCGGCGCACGUCGACGAGAUGGCGGUGGUGCCCGGGACCGAGUUCGCCGCGGACCAGCUCUGGACGUCGCAGCCGGACAGCAUUAUGCCUUCUGGGCUCGGUGCGUUCUUAUGGAACCUGUAGAGCUAACUAGGCAACGUACAAACAACUAGCCGAUCGAUCUGGGCGUCUCUCUCUCCCUUUGCUCUGUUUGUGAGUAUAGAUAAACUGCUUGUUAUUGUACAUGUUAUGAUAGCCCUAAAAGCU